GAAGAAACAAGAUGGCGGCUGAAGGCGAUCCGGAGUGGGGCCCCAGCAAUUCGGAUUGAGCCUUCUCCCUCCACCCGCUUCCGUCGGCCGGGCCCCUCCCGCCCGGCCCCGCGGGCCUCCCCACCCGGCCCCGGCGCUCCCCACCGCCCCCCUGCGCCCGCCCCUCCCCCUCCGCUUUCCUUCUCCCCCCGCCUCGGCUCCGACAUGAGGGGCCGGCGGGGCAGGCCGCCCAAGCAGCCCGCGGCUCCCGCUGCGGAGCGCUGCGCCCCGGCCCCGCCGCCGCCGCCACCGCCGCCCACGUCAGGACCCAUCGGGGGGCUCCGCUCGCGGCACCGCGGCAGCAGCCGGGGCAGGUGGGCCGCCGCCCAGGCUGAGGUGGCGCCCAAGACGCGGCUGAGCUCGCCCAGGGGGGGCAGCAGUAGCCGGAGGAAGCCGCCGCCGCCGCCGCCGGCCCCCCCCAGCACCAGCGCCCCGGGCCGGGGGGGGCGAGGAGGCGGGGGCGGCAGGACGGGGGGCGGGGGCGGCGGCGGCCACCUGGCCCGGACCACCGCGGCCCGGAGGGCCGUCAACAAAGUGGUGUACGAUGACCACGAGAGCGAGGAGGAGGAGGAAGAGGAGGACAUGGUCUCCGAGGAGGAGGAGGAGGACGGCGACGCCGAGGAGACCCAGGAUUCUGAGGACGACGAGGAGGAUGAGAUGGAGGAGGACGACGAUGACUCCGAUUAUCCGGAGGAGAUGGAAGACGACGACGACGACGCCAGUUACUGCACGGAAAGCAGCUUCAGGAGCCAUAGUACCUACAGCAGCACUCCAGGUAGGCGAAAACCAAGAGUACAUCGGCCUCGUUCUCCGAUAUUGGAAGAAAAAGACAUCCCGCCCCUUGAAUUUCCCAAGUCCUCUGAGGAUUUAAUGGUGCCUAAUGAGCAUAUAAUGAAUGUUAUUGCCAUUUACGAGGUACUGCGGAACUUUGGCACUGUUUUGAGAUUAUCUCCUUUUCGCUUUGAGGACUUUUGUGCAGCUCUGGUGAGCCAAGAGCAGUGCACACUCAUGGCAGAGAUGCACGUUGUGCUUUUGAAAGCAGUUCUGCGUGAAGAAGACACUUCCAAUACUACCUUUGGACCUGCUGAUCUGAAAGAUAGCGUUAAUUCCACACUGUAUUUCAUAGAUGGGAUGACGUGGCCGGAGGUGCUGCGGGUGUACUGUGAGAGUGAUAAGGAGUACCAUCACGUUCUUCCUUACCAAGAGGCAGAGGACUACCCAUAUGGACCAGUAGAGAACAAGAUCAAAGUUCUACAGUUUUUAGUCGAUCAGUUUCUUACAACAAAUAUUGCUCGAGAGGAAUUGAUGUCUGAAGGGGUGAUACAAUAUGAUGACCAUUGUAGGGUUUGUCACAAACUUGGGGAUUUGCUUUGCUGUGAGACAUGUUCAGCAGUAUACCAUUUGGAAUGUGUGAAGCCACCUCUUGAGGAGGUGCCAGAGGACGAGUGGCAGUGUGAAGUCUGUGUAGCACACAAGGUGCCUGGUGUGACUGACUGUGUUGCUGAAAUCCAAAAAAAUAAACCAUAUAUUCGACACGAACCUAUUGGAUAUGACAGAAGUCGGAGGAAAUACUGGUUCCUGAACCGAAGACUCAUAAUAGAAGAAGAUAUAGAAAAUGAAAAUGAAAAGAAAAUUUGGUACUACAGCACAAAGGUCCAGCUUGCAGAAUUAAUUGACUGUCUAGAUAAAGAUUAUUGGGAAGCAGAACUCUGCAAAAUUCUAGAAGAAAUGCGUGAAGAAAUCCACCGACACAUGGACAUAACUGAAGACCUGACAAAUAAGGCUCGGGGCAGUAACAAAUCCUUUCUGGCGGCAGCUAAUGAAGAAAUUUUGGAAUCCAUAAGAGUCAAAAAGGGAGACAUUGAUAAUGUUAAAAGCCCAGAAGAAACAGAAAAAGACAAGAAUGAGACUGAGAAUGACUCUAAAGAUGCUGAGAAAAGUAGAGAAGAAUUUGAAGAUCAGUCCCUUGAAAAAGACAGUGACGACAAAACACCAGAUGAUGACCCUGAGCAAGGAAAAUCUGAGGAGCCAACAGAAGUUGGGGAUAAAGGUAACUCUGUGUCAGCAAAUCUUGGCGACAACACAACAAAUGCAUCUUCAGAAGAGACUAGUCCCUCUGAAGGGAGGAGCCCCGUGGGGUGUCUCUCAGAAACCCCUGAUAGCAGCAACAUGGCAGAGAAGAAGGUGGCAUCUGAGCUCCCCCAGGAUGUGCCAGAAGAACCUAACAAGAUAUGUGAGAGCAGUAACACUAGUGCUACCACUACCUCCAUCCAACCUAAUCUGGAAAACAGUAACAGCAGCAGUGAACUAAAUUCUUCCCAGAGUGAAUCUGCUAAGGCAGCUGAUGAUCCUGAAAAUGGAGAAAGAGAAUCUCAUACACCUGUCUCUAUUCAGGAAGAGAUAGGUGAUUUCAAAUCGGAGAAGUCCAAUGGGGAGCUCAGCGAAUCUCCUGGAGCUGGAAAAGGAUCAUCUGGCUCAACUCGAAUCAUCACCAGAUUGCGGAAUCCAGAUAGCAAACUUAGUCAGCUGAAGAGCCAGCAGGUGGCAGCCGCUGCCCAUGAAGCAAAUAAAUUAUUUAAGGAGGGCAAAGAGGUACUGGUAGUUAACUCUCAAGGGGAAAUUUCACGGUUGAGCACCAAAAAGGAAGUGGUCAUGAAAGGAAAUAUCAACAAUUAUUUUAAAUUGGGUCAAGAAGGGAAGUAUCGCGUCUACCACAAUCAAUACUCCACCAAUUCAUUUGCUUUGAAUAAGCACCAGCACAGAGAAGAUCAUGAUAAGAGAAGGCAUCUUGCACAUAAAUUCUGUCUGACUCCAGCAGGAGAGUUCAAAUGGAACGGUUCUGUCCAUGGGUCCAAAGUUCUUACUAUAUCUACUCUGAGACUGACUAUCACCCAAUUAGAAAACAACAUCCCUUCAUCCUUUCUUCAUCCCAAUUGGGCAUCACAUAGGGCAAAUUGGAUCAAGGCAGUUCAGAUGUGUAGCAAACCCAGAGAAUUUGCAUUGGCUUUAGCCAUUUUGGAGUGUGCAGUUAAACCAGUUGUGAUGCUACCAAUAUGGCGAGAAUCUUUAGGACAUACCAGGUUACACCGGAUGACAUCAAUUGAAAGAGAAGAAAAGGAGAAAGUCAAAAAAAAAGAGAAAAAACAGGAAGAGGAAGAAACGAUGCAGCAAGCAACAUGGGUAAAAUACACAUUUCCAGUUAAACAUCAGGUUUGGAAACAAAAAGGUGAAGAGUACAGAGUGACGGGCUAUGGUGGUUGGAGCUGGAUUAGUAAAACUCAUGUCUAUAGGUUUGUUCCGAAAUUGCCAGGCAAUACUAAUGUGAAUUACAGAAAGUCAUUAGAAGGAACCAAAAAUAAUAUGGAUGAAAAUAUGGAUGAGUCAGAUAAAAGAAAAUGUUCACGAAGUCCCAAAAAAAUAAAAACAGAACCUGAUUCUGAAAAAGAUGAGGUAAAAGAUUCAGAUGCUGCAAAAGGAGCAGACCAAAGUGAAAUGGAUAUCUCAAAGAUUACUGAGAAAAAGGACCAAGAUGUGAAGGAGCUUUUAGAUUCUGACAGUGAUAAACCCUGCAAGGAAGAACCAAUGGAAAUAGACGAUGACAUGAAAACAGAGUCACAUGUGAAUUGUCAGGAGAGUUCUCAAGUUGAUGUGGUCAAUGUUAGUGAGGGUUUUCAUCUAAGGACUAGUUACAAAAAGAAAACAAAAUCAUCCAAACUAGAUGGACUUCUUGAAAGGAGAAUUAAACAGUUUACACUGGAAGAAAAACAGCGCCUCGAAAAAAUCAAGUUGGAGGGUGGAAUUAAGGGUAUAGGAAAGACUUCUACAAAUUCUUCAAAAAAUCUCUCUGAAUCACCAGUAAUAACAAAAGCAAAAGAAGGGUGUCAGAGUGACUCGAUGCGACAAGAACAGAGCCCGAAUGCAAAUAAUGAUCGACCUGAGGACUUGAUUCGGGGAUGUUCAGAAAGUGAUUCCUCAGUUCUUGGAAUGAGUGAUCCUAGUCAUACCACAAACAAACUUUAUCCAAAAGGUCAAGUGUUAGAUGAUAUCUCCAUUCGGAGCCCAGAAACAAACUGUCAGAAACAAAAUUCCAUUGAAAAUGACAUAGAAGAAAAUGUCUCUGACCCUGCCAGUAAAGGCCAGGAACCCAGUAAGAGUAAAACAAAAGGAAAUGAUUUUUUCAUUGAAGACGCUAAACUAGCCAGUGCAGGUGAUAUUGAUUCUUUGAUUUAUAAGAACAAAAACCUGCUCAUACAGGAGGAAAAUGACACCAUCGUUUCUUCUUCCAAGAGUGCUUUACAUUCAUCAGUGCCUAAAAGUACCAAUGACAGAGAUGCCACACCUCUGUCAAAAGCAAUGGACUUUGAAGGAAAACUGGGAUGUGACUCUGAAUCUAAUAGCACUUUGGAAAAUAGUUCUGAUACUGUGUCUAUUCACGAUAGCAGUGAAGAAGAUAUGAUUGUUCAGAAUAGCAAUGAAAGUAUUUCUGAACAGUUCAGAACUCAAGAAAAAGGUAUUGAAGGCUUGGAGCCAUUAAAAUGUGAAUUGGUUUCUGAUAAGUCCACUGGAAACUGUGAGGACAGGCUGCUGGGUAAGGUAACUGAAGCAAAUGGUAAAAAAACAAGUCAGCAGAAGAAAUUAGAGGAGAGAUCAGUUAAUAAAUGUAGUGAUCAAAUAAAGCUAAAAAAUACUACUGACAAAAAGAAUAAUGAAAAUCGAGAGUCCGAAAAGAAAGGACAGAGAACAAGUACAUUUCAAAUAAAUGGAAAAGAUAAUAAACCCAAGAUAUAUUUGAAAGGUGAAUGCUUGAAAGAAAUUUCUGAGAGUAAAGUAGUAAGUGGUAAUAUUGAACCAAAGGUUAAUAAUAUAAAUAAAAUAAUCCCUGAGAAUGAUAUUAAAUCAUUGACUGUUAAAGAAUCUGCUGUAAGGCCAUUCAUUAAUGGUGAUGUCAUCAUGGAAGAUUUUAAUGAAAGAAACAGCUCCGAAACAAAAUCACAUUUACUGAGUUCUUCAGAUGCUGAAGGUAACUACCGAGAUAGCCUUGAGACCCUGCCAUCAACCAAAGAGUCUGACGGUACACAGACGACCACACCUUCACCAUCUUGUCCAGAAAGCAAUUCAGUUAAUCAGGUAGAAGAUAUGGAAAUAGAAACCUCAGAAGUUAAGAAAGUUACUUCAUCACCUGUUCCUUCUGGAGAGGAAUCUAAUCUCAGUAAUGACUUUAUUGAUGAAAAUGGUCUGCCCGUCAACAAAAAUGAAAAUGUCAAUGGAGAAUCUAAAAGAAAAACCGUCAUCACAGAAGUCACCACGAUGACUUCCACUGUGGCCACAGAAUCAAAAACUGUGAUCAAGGUAGAAAAAGGCGAUAAGCAAACUGUGGUUUCUUCCACAGAAAAUUGUGCGAAGUCCACUGUCACAACCACCACUACAACGGUGACCAAGCUUUCCACACCCUCCACAGGCAGCACUGUGGACAUCAUCUCUGUAAAGGAGCAGAGCAAAACCGUGGUCACCACGACAGUGACAGACUCCCUGACCACCACAGGAGGCACGCUGGUUACAUCUAUGACUGUGAGCAAAGAGUAUUCCACACGAGACAAAGUGAAACUGAUGAAAUUUUCAAGACCAAAGAAGACUCGCUCAGGUACAGCUCUGCCAUCCUAUAGAAAAUUUGUUACCAAGAGCAGCAAGAAGAGCAUUUUUGUUUUGCCUAAUGAUGACUUAAAAAAGUUGGCCAGAAAAGGAGGAAUCCGAGAGGUCCCUUAUUUUAAUUACAAUGCAAAACCUGCUUUGGAUAUAUGGCCAUAUCCUUCUCCUAGACCAACCUUUGGCAUCACUUGGAGAUAUAGACUUCAGACCGUAAAGUCCUUAGCUGGAGUGAGCCUAAUGUUACGGUUACUGUGGGCAAGUUUGAGAUGGGAUGACAUGGCGGCCAAGGCUCCUCCAGGAGGAGGGACUACACGGACAGAAACAUCCGAAACUGAAAUCACAACAACAGAAAUAAUUAAGAGGAGAGAUGUUGGUCCUUACGGCAUUCGAUCUGAAUAUUGUAUCAGGAAAAUCAUUUGUCCCAUUGGAGUUCCAGAAACACCAAAAGAAACACCUACACCUCAGAGGAAAGGCCUUCGAUCAAGUGCACUGCGGCCAAAGAGACCAGAAACGCCCAAGCAAACUGGCCCUGUUAUUAUUGAAACCUGGGUAGCAGAAGAAGAGCUGGAAUUGUGGGAGAUCAGGGCAUUUGCUGAGAGAGUGGAGAAAGAAAAGGCACAAGCAGUUGAGCAACAGGCUAAGAAACGACUGGAGCAGCAGAAGCCAACAGUGAUUGCAACUUCCACUACUUCCCCAACGAACAGUACAACCAGUACCAUCUCUCCAGCACAGAAGGUUAUGGUGGCCCCCAUAAGUGGCUCAGUUACAACUGGAACCAAAAUGGUACUAACUACUAAAGUUGGAUCUCCAGCUACAGUAACAUUCCAACAAAACAAGAACUUUCAUCAAACCUUUGCUACGUGGGUUAAGCAAGGCCAGUCAAAUUCAGCCACCAGCACAGCUGCCACAUCUGCUACAACCAUUGCCAGCACAGGUCAGACGUUCCAAAUUACAGGCAAUCCAGUCACUAUGGCAGGAAAAGUAAUUACCAAACUGCCACUUCCUGCAAACAGCAAGAUUGUCGCUGUAAAUGUGCCAGCAACACAAGGAGGCGUUGUUCAAGUACAGCAGAAAGUCCUGGGUAUCAUUCCAUCAAGUACAGGUACCAGUCAGCAAACCUUUACUUCAUUCCAGCCCAGGACAGCAACAGUCACAAUUAGACCCAAUACCUCAGGCUCUGGAGGAACCACAAGCAAUUCACAAGUAAUCACAGGGCCUCAGAUUCGCCCUGGUAUGACCGUGAUUAGAACACCACUCCAACAGUCAGCACUAGGAAAGGCAAUUAUUCGAACACCUGUGAUGGUACAGCCAGGUGCUCCUCAGCAAGUGAUGACUCAAAUCAUCAGGGGACAGCCUGUCUCCACUGCAAUCUCUGCCCCUAACACAGUUUCCUCAACACCUGGGCAGAAGAGCUUAACUUCAGCAACGUCCACUUCAAAUAUACAGUCUUCAGCCUCACAACCCCCUCGCCCCCAACAAGGACAAGUGAAGCUCACCAUGGCUCAACUCACUCAGUUAACACAGGGCCACGGUGGCAAUCAAGGUUUGACAGUAGUAAUUCAAGGACAAGGUCAAACUACUGGACAGUUGCAGUUGAUACCUCAAGGGGUGACUGUACUCCCAGGCCCAGGCCAGCAGCUAAUGCAAGCUGCAAUGCCAAAUGGUACUGUUCAGCGAUUCCUCUUUACCCCAUUGGCAACAACAGCCACCACAGCCAGCACCACCACCACCACUGUUUCCACGACAGCAGCAGGUACAGGUGAACAAAAACAGAGUAAACUAUCACCCCAGACGCAGGUACAUCAAGACAAAACCCUGCCACCAGCUCAGUCGUCAAGCGUGGGUCCGGCAGAAGCCCAGCCACAGACUGCUCAGCCUUCAGCUCAGCCCCAGCCCCAGCCCCAAACCCAGCCCCAGUCCCCAGCUCAGCCUGAAGUUCAGACUCAGCCUGAAGUUCAGACGCAAACAACUGUUUCAUCCCAUGUCCCUUCUGAAGCACAACCCACCCAAGCACAGACAUCCAAACCCCAAGUCGCAGCACAGUCUCAGCCUCAAAGUAAUGUCCAAGGACAGUCUCCUGUUCGUGUCCAAAGUCCAUCACAGGCUCGAAUACGUCCAUCAACUCCAUCCCAACUGUCUCCUGGACAACAAUCCCAGGUUCAGACUACAACCUCACAACCGAUUCCAAUUCAACCACAUACAUCUCUUCAGAUACCUUCCCAAGGCCAGCCACAAUCACAACCCCAGGUACAGUCUUCAACUCAAACUCUUUCAUCAGGACAAACUUUAAAUCAAGUUACUGUUUCAUCCCCAUCCCGUCCUCAGCUACAAAUACAGCAGCCACAGCCCCAAGUCAUUGCUGUGCCUCAGCUGCAACAACAAGUCCAGGUUCUCUCUCAGAUCCAGUCACAGGUUGUGGCUCAGAUACAGGCUCAGCAAAGUGGUGUGCCCCAGCAAAUCAAACUGCAGUUACCUAUCCAAAUUCAGCAAAGCAGUGCUGUGCAGACUCACCAGAUUCAGAAUGUGGUUACAGUGCAGGCAGCCAGUGUGCAAGAGCAGUUGCAAAGGGUUCAGCAACUCAGGGAUCAGCAGCAAAAGAAGAAACAGCAACAGAUAGAAAUUAAGCGUGAACACACCCUCCAAGCUUCUAAUCAAAGUGAAAUCAUUCAGAAACAGGUGGUGAUGAAGCAUAAUGCUGUAAUAGAACAUUUAAAACAGAAAAAGAGCAUGACUCCAGCUGAAAGAGAAGAGAAUCAAAGAAUGAUUGUCUGUAACCAGGUGAUGAAGUAUAUUUUGGAUAAGAUAGAUAAAGAAGAAAAACAGGCAGCAAAAAAACGGAAGCGUGAAGAGAGUGUGGAGCAGAAACGUAGCAAGCAGAAUGCCACUAAGCUGUCAGCUCUGCUCUUCAAGCACAAAGAGCAGCUCCGAGCCGAGAUCCUGAAGAAGAGAGCACUCCUGGACAAGGAUCUUCAAAUUGAAGUGCAGGAAGAGCUGAAGAGAGACCUGAAAAUUAAGAAAGAAAAAGACCUGAUGCAGGUGGCUCAGUCCACAGCAGUAGCUGUACCCUGUCCCCCAGUGACGGCAGCUCCUCCAGCCCCUCCAGCCCCUCCACCUUCACCUCCCCCUCCACCUGCUGUGCAACACACAGGCCUCCUGUCCACGCCCACCUUACCUGCAGCUUCCCAGAAGAGGAAGCGGGAAGAGGAAAAAGACUCAAGCUCAAAGUCCAAGAAAAAGAAAAUGAUCUCUACUACCUCAAAGGAAACUAAGAAGGACACAAAGCUUUACUGUAUCUGUAAAACGCCUUAUGAUGAAUCUAAGUUCUAUAUUGGCUGUGAUCUUUGUACUAACUGGUAUCAUGGAGAAUGUGUUGGCAUCACAGAAAAGGAGGCUAAGAAAAUGGAUGUGUACAUCUGUAAUGAUUGUAAACGGGCACAAGAGGGCAGCAGUGAGGAAUUGUACUGUAUCUGCAGAACACCUUAUGAUGAGUCACAAUUUUAUAUUGGCUGUGAUCGGUGUCAGAAUUGGUACCAUGGGCGCUGCGUUGGCAUCUUGCAAAGUGAGGCAGAGCUCAUUGAUGAGUAUGUCUGUCCACAGUGCCAGUCAACAGAGGAUGCCAUGACAGUGCUCACGCCACUAACAGAGAAGGAUUAUGAGGGUUUGAAGAGGGUGCUCCGUUCCUUACAGGCCCAUAAGAUGGCCUGGCCUUUCCUUGAACCAGUAGAUCCUAAUGAUGCACCAGAUUAUUAUGGUGUUAUUAAGGAACCUAUGGACCUUGCCACCAUGGAAGAAAGAGUACAAAGACGAUAUUAUGAAAAGCUGACAGAAUUUGUGGCAGAUAUGACCAAAAUUUUUGAUAACUGUCGUUACUACAAUCCAAGUGACUCCCCGUUUUACCAGUGUGCAGAAGUCCUUGAAUCAUUCUUUGUACAGAAAUUGAAAGGAUUCAAAGCCAGCAGGUCUCAUAACAACAAACUGCAGUCUACAGCUUCUUAAAGUUCAGCGUGUUAACCUAACAUAAAACACAGCAAGAAUCUGGUUGUCUGAACUAUUUUAAAUUAAGGAGCCAGAUGUUUUUAGUCAGGCUAUCCUGACAAGACUUGACCUAAACUUCGUUUUUAUUGGUCAUAACAGUCCAAUUAUAUUCUUGGCCAAUUUUGUCCAACGGACAAGAAAAAAGCAAAGUCAACGACACCAUUAUCUUGUCAAGAUCAAAUGGUUUUACUAUUGUGGCAGAAGCGAGAAAACUUUGUUUACUGAAAAAAAAAAAGAAAAAGAAAGCAAGAAAAAAAGAUACUAUGGGGUCAAGUGUAACUCCAUGGAAAUGCCACGUCUGCUCUUCAGUGAAGAAGCUGGUUUAGAGUCUCACAGAAAACUUUUGACUGUAUUUAUUUAUUGUUGCAAAAAAGACGCUUUUUUAUUGCUGCCCUCAUUUGUCAGCUAAUUAUUUUUUCUUAUAAAAUCCAGCCCCGGUUACAUAUAAUCAUCUGUAUCUUAUCAUGAUUCCUGUAGGUAAAAGUACAAGACGACCUCUAGAUGUCUUUUCUUUCUAUGAAAGGAGCUGCUAUGUACACAUGUGCACACACACACAACUGGGAAUCAACAAUGAGUUUAUUGUUCAUGGUAGAUUAAAAUGAAGCUUGCAUAAAGGUUGGGCUAAGUGGUCCUGGACUACAGACUCUGUUGCCUUGAAUAUAAACAGUACAAUUUGUCAAUUACUCCGCACCAGGCUAAAAUGAGUAAAAUCUAUUUGAAGGUAUCUUGUUUGUAAACAUUUGUCAGAUUCUAAUUUUUUUCUUUUGUAUUAAAAUUCAACUAUGGAUGUAUAUGAAACAAAAUAAAUGGAGAUAAUUUUUCUCCCACAGACAGAGGUGUCUUUGAAUGUGCGCUAAUGAUUAUCUGUAAGCCUUUGUGGGGGAGGGAGGGCUGCAAGGUCAUGAAAGGCAGAAGAAUCUAAUUGUGCCUGGAUUUCUCCAGCACAGCAGUGGCCCCUCGUUUUACCAUUCCCAGUCCAUUGUCAUCACGUCAGAGAAAAAUCAUCAGGGGUGCUAGUCCUGUUGCAUCGGUUGAUCAUACUAACAAAAAAGGUAAUGUGGCAAGAUACACAUUGCCUUCAUCUGUACAUUCUGUGAUACCAGGCAGAUUACCAAUUACAGACAGCUACUUACAUUUUAUGAAGGGCAUUUUGUGGAUGACCUCAUCCUCUGUGUUAUUUGUUGAUUGGGUUUGUUUUCUGUUUGUUGGUUGGUUUGUUUCUUCCAUGUAAGGAAAAGUAGUGUCAACAGUAGCGAGAAAGUGGAAGCCACAGAGGAAGAUGUGUUUUGCAUGUUUUUCCUUUCAAUGUUCUUACACGUUGUAUCACUGCAUUGUGGUAAUAGCUUCUAUAAAAUCUGCCAUAGUUGGAUUAUGCAGCUUUGCAAAAAUUUUACUAGAUUUUGCACUAACUCAUACUAGCUUUGUCCUACCAACUUCUGGAAUUUAUCUAAUUAUUGUUUUUAAAAGUUUCUUUCCUUUUCAUGUUUCCCUGCUAUGCAAAACCUUUCCCAGACCUCAGUUUCUUAAAAGAAAGAUGUUGCUACAGUUCCCGAUUCUUUCUUAUUACAGGCUCAGGUGUACAGGUUAUUCUGGGUUAAUUUUAUCUAAUGAAGCCCAUUCCUUUUUGUACAUAAAGAUGUCACUUAAACCUAUGCUUACAAACUAAAGAGACUAAUCGCUCAAUAUGAAAACGUGAAAAAAUUUUUGCUUAAAGUAUUAAGAUGGAAGUAGUUAAAUAUGGGUUAUUUUGUCCUUUUACUUUUUAAAAAAAUGUUACUUAUUGUAUGCACUGUGCUGAUGCAAGAAUUCUACAUUUUAAUGAAUUAUAAAAUUAUUCUGCAUCUCAUCACGUCACAGUAUUUCUGUACUAUUUAUUCAUAUAUAUAUAUAUAUAAAUAUAUAUGGGCUUAAUCAUUUAAAAUUUGUUGCAGUAAGAACUUUCCUACCUGUAGGCAAUAGAUUGCUAUGUUUUUAACAAAUUGUGGCAAAUUCUAAACAGCAAUUCUUUUGUACGUAAUAGGACAUUUCAUCCUAGAAAAAUAAAGUAAUGUUUUUGACAUUG